CAUGUGCAGUGGCUGUUUCCCAAUAUGUGUACACACCCAUGUCAAAAAGGAAGGUUAAGCAUACUUUCUGUUUCAGCUCACACAAGGAGGUUAGAAGAGAAAAGCCAUGGCUGGUGAGUCUUUCACUGUUCCAAGAACAGGUCCCUGGGAAGAAAGAGUUUUGGAAGGGGCUGACUCUUCUGGAAGCCAUAAUUAGUAUCUGUGCAAGUUUAGACAAGAUCCUGAAGGAGAAGAGAAAGCUGUUUAUCCAUUCAGUGGGUGAAGGUACAAUAAAUGGCUUACUGGAUGAAUUAUUAGAGAAAAUGGUGCUGAACGAGGAAGAGAUGGAGAAAGUAAAACGUGAAAAUGCUACAGUUAUGGAUAAGGCCCGAGCUUUGUUUGACUCUGUUAUUCGGAAAGGGGCUCGGGCAUGCCAAGUUUGCAUCACAUACAUUUGCGAAGAAGAUUGUCACCUGGCAGAGAAGCUGGGACUCUCAGCAGCUCCUCAGGCAGUGCUGAACAAGCAAAUUACGCUCACAUCCUCGGGCUCAGAAGGGAAUAUCAAGCUUUGCUCCCCAAAAGAAGCUGAAAGGAUACAGAAAGAACAGUUGGGAGAGAUUUAUCCAACAAUGAACGAGUCAAGCCGCACACGUGUUGCUCUCAUUAUCUGCAAUGAAGAAUUUGACAGCCUUCCUAGAAGAACUGGAGCUGAGGUUGACAUCAUAGGCAUGUCAAUGCUGCUAAAAAAUCUGGGGUACAGUGUGGAUGUGAAAAAAGAUCUCACUGCUUCAGAAAUGACUACAGAGCUGGAGGCAUUUGCACACCGCCCAGAGCACAAGACCUCUGACAGCACCUUCCUGGUGUUCAUGUCUCAUGGUAUUCGGGAAGGCAUUUGUGGGAAGAAAUACUCUGAGCAAGUCCCAGAUAUAUUACAAGUCAAUGAAAUCUUUAGAAAUUUGAAUACCAGGAACUGCCCAAGUUUGAAGGACAAACCCAAGGUGAUCAUCAUCCAGGCCUGCCGUGGUGAGAACGAAGGUGUAGUGUGGUUAAAAGACUCAGGAGGAGUUUCUGGAAACACAUGUUUACCAACUACAGAAGGGUUUGAAGAUGAUGCCAUUAGGAAAGCCCACAUAGAGAAGGAUUUUAUUGCUUUCUGCUCUUCCACACCAGAUAAUGUUUCUUGGAGACAUCCCACAAAGGGCUCUGUGUUUAUUAUGAGACUCAUUGAACAUUUGCAAGAAUAUGCCUGUUCCUGUGAUGUGGAGGAAAUUUUCCGCAAGGUUCGACUUUCAUUUGAGCAAACAGCUGGCAGAGUGCAGAUGCCCACCACUGAAAGGGUGACUUUGACAAGACGUUUCUACCUCUUCCCAGGAUGUUAAAAUAAGGAAGGUGUGCAUAUUCUACUAUAACCUGAAACUACCUCUGUGAUCAGUCUUUGCUCAAAAAGCAGAAGUGAAUUGCCACCCUCAGUAAACAUGAACUGUUAAAGCAGUUUUAGGCAGUUGAAGAAAAGUAUUCUAGGAAGUAGAUAAAAAGAUUCCUUCAAAAUGAUCUCCAAUCAAAGGGUGAGAUGACAGGGAGAUGGGGAAGAGAAGACACCUUCAUGAUUCCUCAGCACAGUUAACAAGAAAUACAUCUAUUGAAUAAACAAUACUUUCCUUACUUAUUUUGGUUGACUUCGUUAUCAGUUGGUUGUAGGUGUAUAGGUGUGUGGCUUUAUUUUGGGGUUCUCUAUUCUGUUCCAUUGGGCUAUGUGUCUGUUUUUUGUACCAAUACCUUGCUGUUGUGGUUACUGUACACUUCUAGCAUAGCUUGAAGUCCAGUAAUGUGAUGCAUCCAUCUUUGUGGAAAGCAGUUUGGAGAUUUACCAAAGAACUAAAAGCAGAGCUAUCAUUUAUUUGACCAAGUAUCCCAUUACUGGCUGUAUCCCCAAAGGAAAAUAUACUGUUCUAUCAAAAAGACAUGCACCUUUAAAUGUUUGUCACAGCACUACUCACCAUAGCCAAAAAAAUAGAAUCAACACAGGUGUCCAUCAAUGGUGGAUUGGAUUAAAAAAAAAAUGUGCCACACACCUACUACGGAAUGUUGCGUAGCCAUAAAAAUGAAAUCCUGCCCUUUGCACCAACAUGGAUGCCAUUAUUCUAAGCAAAUUAAUGCAGAAACAGAAAACCAAAUAUCACAUAAUCUCACUUAUAAGUUUUAGGCUAAAUAUUGUGUACACAUGGACAUAACAGACACAGGGAACUACUAGAGGGAGAAGUGAAGAAGUAAGGCAAGAGCUGAAAAACUAUGUACCGGGUGCUAUUCUCACUACCUAGGUGAUGAAAUAAAUCGUACCACAAACUUCUGCGUCACCUAAUAUACUCAUGUAACAAACCUGCAUAUGUAUCCGUGAAUCUCAAGUAAAAAUUGAAAUAAAAAAUAAACCCAAGAUAUACCAAAUACUUGGUUAAUUCUUACGGGAAGAUGCAAGGAAACUAGUUAGAUUUUACUCAUUCAGGACAGGUUUUUUUAGAUGAGCAACGGUAGAAUAACUGACAGAUCAGAAGAGAAGGAUGAAUAAAGAAGGUAUGGAGCUACGGAGAGAGAAAAGG